AUGUCGACAUAUUCUACUUCCGAAUUUUCACCCGCUGAUGCUUUUAAAGCUCCCUCAAAUUUAAAUAAACCAGUUCAACAACAUUUGAUCAAGGUUUAUGGAACUCUUUGCGGUCUUUCCGUGAUCGCUGGUUUGGGAGUUUAUGCACAUGUUUAUGGUUUAUUCUUCUUUGGAGGUGGCUUGGUUUCGUUUUUGUUUGGCAUUGCCGCGUUGGUUGGCAUAAUGUCAAUGCCUAAUACACCAGAAAACAAAUUAACUCGUUAUGGCCUUUUAGGUGUUUUCGGUUUUAUGGAAGGACUCUCUAUUGGACCAGUAGUUAAAUACGCACUCGCGAUUACAUAUUUCUUGUACCUUGGAGGAAUUUUGGGUUCCGUUUUAAGUUUAUUAUUAUGGACAUCAUUUAUUAAUUCUUUCGUUGGUUCCAAAUUUAUCUUUGACAUUGAAAUUUAUGUUGGAUUAUUAAUGUUCAGUGGUUAUGAUGAAAUUAGUGACGCUCUUACUUUGUUCAUUGAUCUUGUGGGAAUCUUUGUAAGAAUUUUGUCGAUAUUUGCUGAUAAAUCAGAAAAUGGUAAUCAAAGACAAAAAGAAAGACGUAGUCGUAGAAAAGCAGGUUAUUCAGGUCAAUAA